CCCUCUUAUCAAAUAUUUGCCACCGGCUAAUCCAUAUUUUCCACGUUCAGUCUUAAAUCAAAAUACCCAUAUUCUUCUUCUUUCUAAAACCCUGAAUUGUAUCCAAAUUAUAUUAGAAUUAAUGGAAGCACACGUGACAGGCUUUGGUUCUUCGACUUAUGUUCAGCAAAGUGAAGAGGAGAGGGAUGUGAGAAAAGGGCCAUGGACCGUUGAAGAAGACUCCUUGCUUACGAAUUACGUCACCAUUCAUGGUGAAGGUCGUUGGAACACUGUGGCUCUCUGUGCAGGGCUGAAACGAACGGGAAAAAGCUGCAGACUAAGGUGGCUAAAUUACUUGCGCCCGGAUGUUCGAAGAGGAAACAUCACUCUUCAAGAACAACUAAAGAUUCUUGAACUCCACUCUCGCUUCGGAAAUAGGUGGUCAAAAAUAGCAGAACACUUGCCGGGAAGAACAGACAAUGAGAUAAAAAACUACUGGAGAACAAGAGUUCAAAAGCAGGCAAAGCAGCUUAAAUGUGACGUUAACAGUAAGCAAUUCAGAGACGCCAUGCGUUACGUUUGGAUGCCCCGUUUACUUGAGCGUAUCCAAGCGACUACCCAUUCGUCAACGGGUCAACCCACUUCUAACAUCGCCGACAGAACCACCCCCACCAACAACUACCCUUCAGAAAUUACGGGUACUCAUGCAGACAAAUACACGAGUCAAGUUUAUAUUUCCACUGAAUCGGGGCCCGAACCAAGUAUCAUGCCCGCGUCGUCCGGUGCUUCCUGGGACUCAGCGGAUGCGUAUGUUUCUCCUCCUGCCUCAGAUGUCAAUAUGGACAAUUCACAAAACUGGUCGGACUUUAACCCAGAUAACAUGUCUGGGUCAUGGGUGUUGUCUAAACCCGGAUUGGAUAUUCAGGGUUUUGAGACCCAGAGCAACAUCGAGUGGUUAGGCGGCGAUGAAUCAUUGGAGAGUUUGUGGAAUGACGAGACUAUGUGGUUAUAGCAACAGCGGCUCUAUGACUGGGAUCAGAGAUGAUUUUAUUCCUAGAGAUAUUACGAAUAACACAGCAUAAGUGACAAUUUGGUGUACAGAUAAUUUUGUUAAUAAUAUUAAGGAAGAAGGUUCGAAUCUUAUUUAA